AUGGCAGGUACCGUUAGCCCAACUGUCGAGCUGGAUGGCCUUCUUGAAUUGUUUUCCGGCCAUUCUGCUCAACCGAGCCAACUCAACAUCUCUACUCCUCGCGACCAGUCAUUGACAAGAGUUACACGAAUAUAUUUGCUCUGGUCGUGUAAGCUUAAUUGUCCCAACUGUGCCAAAGUGAAGGAUGGAUAUCUGGUUGCCUUGUCAGUUAGUCAGCCCGACUUCUGCACAUAUGGCAUGGCGACACGGCAACUGGGACUUGACCCUCUCUCCAGAGGAGAGGGUGGAUUGAUAAUGAAAUUUUCCACCAUUCGAGGGACUUAUGGUGGCGAGUCUAUACCACUAUUCAAAAAGAGCAGGCCAGAUAGCCUCAGUUACUGGGUUCGAAUUAACGGGAACAUUCAUUUCGAACAGGGUACCGAACCGCUAGACUCAAGUGGCCCAUAUUUGUUUCUUUCUUUGCCAAUCCCAAUUGAUUCAGUUGUCUAA